AGCUGCCAGUUCCUUGCGGUUUGUAUCAUUGAAGGGUCACGGUUUUCUGUUUUGUAAAUUGUAGUAACGCUUCGGGUUAUAUUAUUAAUAACUGCACUGAAAUAAAAACGAAAGACACAAGACAGCAGAAACCAGCUUUUAGAAGGAUGUCAAGAGACCUGCCAUUGGAUAUUAACAUAAAGGAGCCACAAUGGGAUCAAAGCACAUUUGUUGGACGGGCUAAGCAUUUCUUCACUGUGACGGACCCCAGGAAUGUCUUAUUAUCCAGUGCGGCACUGGAGGAUGCCAGGAGGAUUAUAGUAAAUUAUAGGGCAGGAAUAGUAAGCCCAGGAUUAACAGAAGAUGAGCUGUGGAGAGCCAAAUAUAUUUAUGACUCUGCAUUCCAUCCAGAUACUGGCGAGAAGAUGUUUCUAAUUGGGAGGAUGUCUGCACAAGUUCCAAUGAAUAUGACCAUCACUGGCUGCAUGCUCACUUUCUACAGGACAACUCCAGCUGUGGUCUUCUGGCAGUGGGUAAACCAGUCAUUCAACGCUAUCGUCAAUUACACAAACCGCAGCGGAGAUGCCCCCAUUACUGUGAAUCAACUAGGUGCUGCCUAUGUGAGUGCCACGACAGGAGCAGUUGUCACAGCACUGGGGCUGAAAUCUUUAACCAAGCAUUUACCUGCAAUUAUUGGUCGUUUUGUUCCAUUUGCAGCAGUGGCUGCAGCAAACUGCAUCAACAUUCCUUUUAUGAGGCAAAGAGAACUGAAAUAUGGGAUUCCAGUGACCGAUGAAGAUGGAAAGCGCCUUGGUGAAUCUGCUAAAGCGGCUCAGCAAGCUAUUGCUCAAGUUGUCGUCUCCCGUAUUGGUAUGGCAGUUCCUGCUAUGGCCAUUCCACCUGUCAUUAUGAAUGCACUGGAGAAAAGCGCUUUCCUAAAGCGAUUUCCAGUUUUCAAUGCUCCUAUACAGGUUGGCUUGGUAGGAUUCUGUCUUGUCUUUGCUACUCCACUGUGUUGCGCUCUUUUCCCACAGAAAAGCUCAAUGAAAGUAAGCAGCCUUGAACCAGAACUUCAGGCCCUGAUUCAAGAGAACAGUCCUCAUACACAUACAGUCUAUUUUAAUAAGGGUUUGUAGAUGUCAACCAGAAUUCACACAUGAUGGCAAUUUUAGAGAAGCUUUACUUUUUAUGGUGUCAUAAGAGUAUUGUUUGCUCAAGGUAGGUAUUUGCAAGCAUAAUUCACAAGGUUUUUUAAAACUAUUUUUUCUUCAAUUGUUGAACUUGCACAGCAGGUGUUCUUCUGGUGCAUGUGUCCUUAGAUGGCCUGGAUAUAUUUCAAAUCCUCCUGUUACUUCCACACUAACUUCAUUUACUGGACAGCUUUAAACAUUGGUUGUUGACCUUUGUGGCAUCCUGGGAAAUUACGCACAGAACAAAUAUUUUGUAAUCUAUCAGUGGCUGCUUGAUAGCAAUACAGAAAUAUAUUUAAUAAUGCACAACUGGCAGCCCCAGGCGGUCAGUAUUUCCAAUAUACCAAACCAUGUAGGUGAUAAUUUCAAUAUAUAGAAGUAAUUCUGUAGUUUUAAAAUAUGUUUUAAAUUAUUUGUAAAUUGCCUGGUGCUUAUUUAUAAAAUUCAGGUCAGUGUUUAAA